CUUUUUCCUUUCUUUUUUUUCUCAUGUUGGCUAAUAUACAGGCCGGCGCUGCAAUUUCGGAAUCUGCCCUUCUUGUAUAUGGCGGACGAAAUUUCCUCAGGAGGAACCGCAACGAGAACCUGCGCGAGGCAGAAACGAAGAGCUUGCACGGACUGAGUUGUGCAGUCACCUCUGGUCGGGGAGGGAAUAUUUCUGGAGCGGGAGCCCUGUUUCGCAUGAGCCGCAUCGUUUUUGGAGAAGCACAGGCUCAGAGGAGGUGGAGUCAUGAGUGCACACGAGGCACCCAAUCCUGGGAAGGAGCAGGCGGAUGGUGUGAGUGUGGCCACAGAUGGUCCCUCGCCAACCUUGGUCCCAAAGACCAAGAGUGCAAGUCCACCAACUGUCACAAUAAAGAAAGAGCCCGGGACCUCAGAGACGAGUAACGGGAAAGUGGGUGAUGCCAACCCUGCUGAGAUCUGUGUUGUCAUUGGAGGAAAUGAUGGUGGAGGUGGAUCCCGUAGAACUCAGACCGAGGGUAUGUUUGCCCUUGGUACUCCUCCUCCAACGAAGAGCACAGACUCAUGCAUAGGUUCCUAUGUAUGUGGGGUAUGUGGGAAGAAGUACAAGUAUUAUAACUGCUUUCAGACGCACGUCAGGGCACACAGAGAAUCGGAUAACAUGGUUGCAGAUGGCGUACCCCAGACACCCAACAUCUUGUCUCCUCACUGUAGCCGCCUUCCCAUAGGUGACAUCCUAAUACCAGAUAGCUUCCGUUACUCCUGUGACAUCUGUGGCAAGAAGUAUAAAUACUACAGCUGCUUCCAGGAGCACCGUGACCUGCAUGCAGUUGAUGAUCCUUAUGAACAGGUAGUGUUACCUGUGGAUGGCCUUAAAGAGGAGGAGCCAGUUGAACCCUACCAGAAAAUUGGACCAAAAACUGGAAGCUAUGUUUGUGAGUUCUGUGGGAAGCAGUACAAGUAUUUUAACCCAUACCAGGAGCAUGUUGCGCUUCACACGCCAAUGGGCUCUUUUGAUUUGAAGACAUCACGGGUACAGGAAUGUGGUAGCAUGGAUAUGAGUAAAUUUGGCCAAAGCCAAACUGGUAAGAUAAAAAACAGUCCAUUCAGGCGGAAACUGGAAAGUGCAAUUCAGUCCAGUCUGGUUGACACAAACAGUUCGCAGAAUUCAAGCGGGACGCCGAGCCCUCUGGUGGCAAGCAACUUCUCUACAACCCAGAAACCCUACACUUGUGGUGCCUGUGGCAUCCAGUUCCAGUUCUACAACAACCUGCUGGAGCACAUGCAGUCCCACGCUGCGGACAAUGAAAACCACACAAAAGGGGACUCUCCCAAAACCUCCUCAGCCUCCGGUCCUCAAGAGCAGGUGUGGAGGGGCUCUCAGGCUCAGGCCCAUUCCUCAGUUAAACUACAAAUCCAACCUCAAAUUAUCCCCCAGAGAAACCACACAGUCGGCCAGAAUAACGGACUACCUGAGAAGGAACGGCAGCAGGUGGCUGAGCGCCUCUUACGGGUAAUGUGUUCAGAUCUGAGCAUGCUAAACGUGCUCAACAGCAAGGACUUCCUGAAAUUGGCACAGACCUUAGUGGAUACGGGUGCUCGUCAUGGUGCCUACUCCACCCGUGAUGCAUUUGGCAACAUGAGUGCCUUGGCACUGCGUCAGCUGCCCCGCAUGUACAACCAAGUCAAAGUCAAAGUCACGUGUGCUCUGGGCUCCAAUGCUGCACUCGGCAUCGCUAUCACCUGCCACUCCCAGACAUCGGGCCCGGAUGCCUGCUAUGUUCUCACAGCCUACCAGGUGGAGGGGUCGAGACUGAAACGCUAUGUGCUCGGUGUGAGGGAGGCGGAGCUGAGGGAAGGGCCCGAGCAGAUUCACCACUGGGUGCAGAAUGUGCUGUCUGAGUUUGUGAUGUCAGACAUACGCACCGUGUAUGUCUCCGAGCCCAAAGUGUGGGCAGCUGGAUUUGCGGGAUCACCACUAGGUGGUGGCCGGAGCAGGGUCUGCUUGCGAUGCGCAGGGUGUUCACUCGGCGCGGUGGUCCAGGCUGUUCUUGGGAAGCGCAGCCUCCAGGCUAGAGGUCUUCAUGAGUUGGCUGAGCUUCUGUCAACGUGCCGAGAUAUCGCCACUUCCACCACGCUGUCACUUCGUGAGGAACAUUGCACCAAAACAUCCACAAGCACAACGGAGGAAGGCACACAGGGCAGCCCUGCACAAUGCCCCACCCCUCCUUGCUGGGAGCGCACGGCGGAAGCUCUUCUGCAGGUCCACGCCCACCUUGAACAGAUUUGUGAGGCUUAUGGACGAAGUAAGACCACAUCUCCACUCCUCCAAGGUCUCAACAAGCAUCUGCUAGGUACGCUGUCUUGUCUGCUGGCACCUCUGCGUUUGGCAGCUCUGGAGCUGAGCAGCCAGAGGAGACCAACCUUACAACAGGUGCUGCCCGUGUACCUUCGCUUGGAGAAGUUUUUCACGUCCAAAGCUGGAGAGGCUGGAACUGGCACGGCUAGUAAACUCUGCCACUACUUCCUAGAAGCACUUAAGGAAAACUUCAAGGUCGAACGAGCCCACCAGGUAGCCAUGAUCCUCGACCCGCAGCUCAAACUGUGUUCAGUGCCGGCCUACCAGCACGAAGACAUAAUCUCCCGCGCAUGCGAAAUGGCUGCUGAAACCAGGGAUGGAGGUAUGACUGGUGGCGGUUCAGGUGGUGAAGAGCGGGACACUGAUGGCCCACCAACCCCGAAGAUAAGCCGCAUUGAGGGAGGGGGCAACAAUGGCGGCAUCUCAAGGGGGUCCUCCUCUUCUUGCACAGUCUCUGGUAAUGAUGAGAGUCAGAGCCAAGUCAGACAAGAGAUUUUUCAAUACCUGGCCGAGCCACUUCUCCAAGGCACACCUGACCUCUUCCAGUUCUGGAGCUCAGCAGUGAAUGAGAAGUUCCCCCGGCUUUCUCGCCUGGCGAUGUGGCUCCUCGCUGUGCCUGCUGUGGGCAUUCGCAAUGAGUGUGUGACUGUCUGUGAGCAGAGCCUGGCUAUGAAGAGGAGGCAGCAGGUAACCUCUGAGGAGAUGAACAAACUCAUUUUCCUUCGCUCCAAUAUGGGCUAGGAGAGAAGCUCGAUCAACCCUAAUCAACCAAACCGUCACCUCCAACCAAUGACUGAAGACUAUUAUUUAUAUACUGUAGGCUUAGACCAACUGUCAACUUAAAUGUGUUAAAUACUUCUCAUGACAGAUAUUUACAAGAAACUCACAUUGUAUAGGUUGCAAACACUCAUAAAACAAUACGGCUUAUUACAUAUUUUGUAUGGAGAAAGGACUUGUUAAGUACUGUGGACAAAUUGUAGGGGUGGAACGGUAACUCUCAAAAGAUUGUGUGGUAGGCCACCCUCGGUUUGGGAUGCACAUGUAGGCAGGAUCCGUCUUAUCAUGGCCAGUGACUAGAAUUACUUCAGCCUAAUGACUAAACUGCUAAUAUUGCUGUUAAUCUCACUGGCUCACAUCUUUUUCAGGUAAAGUCAGCGGUUUGCUGCUUGAAACUACUGUCAUAGACCUCUGAAAACAUAAAUCAUUAAGUACUCUAGGGGGACUCUGAAUAAUCGACUAUUCAAUCGAAGGAGCCUGAUUGGACAACUGAUCUCUCAGUCAAUUCGUUGCAGUGACGGCAAAAUGUGGCAAUGAAACAAAACAUAAUUCAUAAAUAACAUGGCAUUAUCGAGAGCCAGAUACAUUUUGAAUUUAUGAAUAUUUUCCAAAAUCAGCUUGGGGAGACGUGUAGAAACACGCGUUAGCAGCGCUUUAACAAGUGGUUGCGUUUUGCAUCCCUUGAGACUCUGUUCUCUUCUCCCGUCUGUCUGUUGAUUGCUACAAUGCGGAAAAGGGAAUUGGGACUCAAAGUUUGAUUUACAACCACAAAAAUCAAGCAGGAUAAGAAACUAUCUAUCGAUCUCCACUCAUUGUCAGUCCUACAGACUGCGCCGCAACUACACACAAGUACACACCCUACAUACAACAAACGACGCUGUCAAUUAUUCUGCUGACGCAACAGCUAAGAAAUGGGAACAUUUAUCUGUUUUUGUUUUUUCUUCUCAUUUUUCUAUGUGAAGCUGAAACGGAGGAAUCAAUAAGCAAGAACAAAAAUAAAUGAUUUGACGGUCAGUCAAAUACGGGCGUCUCUUGACCAAUCCGAUAAGAUGAUGUCAAUUCUUCGGGACACUCCUAAAGUACUGGAACAUGUCCAGUGUUUGGAGAAUGAUAAUUUUCAUUGGUGUAUGACAAACAAUUCAGGGGUGAAUCUCUACUGCCAUUGCACCUUUGACUUAAGUGUCUGAUUUACUAUCACAUUAUUAUUAUUAUUAUUAUUGUUUGUAUAUUAUUAUUCAGCCGUGUGAGGUGGUCAGGUUUCUUUCUCAGAGCUAUAUCAUCACAGAUAAUUUGACAGUUGCUUCAGCGGCCUAACAUUUUUUUUUGCUGAAGAUCAUUUGUAAUAUUUCAAGGGUCAAACUCUCCUGAUAAAACAUUAAUAUGAUUCUUUCCGUUUUUGUUUAUGUUACAAAUUGUAAAAUCAUCCAAUGGUUUGUUUUCUUUCUCAAAUUUAAUCAGAGGUCUUAUGCUGCUGGACAUGCAGGCCAAACAGCUAUACACAUACACGUGUGUUUAUAUUUCUUUUUUCCAAAGCUUAAUUAUAAAACUCGUCCAUAGGGAAAUUAUUAAUACAAUUUUAUUUCUUCUUUCCUCAUUGAUCGUUCUAAUAUAAACAUUGUCUGUCUUUUGUGAGCUACACGUUUUACUUUUCAAAGCAUCAAGAUGUAUCAUAGUUUCCAACUUUAUCUAAUGACAGACUCCUACAGUUAAUUAGUAAUGCUAAUUCUUCUUCUUAUUAUAAUAAUUAUUUUUUGCUAAAUCAACGGGAUUUUCUCAGGAAUGAGUGCACCCAAGCAGGCACCGCCACUUUUUGUUCACUGUACCGAAAACACACCAAACUGUAACCUCAGAGCCGAGGUAUGUACUGAACCGUGACUUUUGUGAAACGUUCCACCCCAAAUACAGUUAGUGCCAUUUGCAACAAAUAACAAAUGGAUCACUGAGGGUUUAUUUUCAUUUUUAUUUUUCCAGGAUAAAAGCAAAUUCUGCCAGUACUAAUGAACUCAAGUCGUUUUUAUUUUUUUAUGGAUUCUAGUAUACAUUUACAUAAGCCAAUACCUCCUGAAAUGACUGAUGAAUGGAAAUGAUACUGUAAAUGUGUUUGUUGCCUUUGGUACUAAUUUGUCAUCUACUAGUUAGUCAUCUCCGUUUUUGGGCCUUAAGUCUCUUUCAUGCGGCCACUUUGAACCCGACAGUCAGAACCAACAUCAUGCCUUGUUAUUGCUGUUCAAUGGCCUUCUUUUCACCUUGUUUUCUAAAGCUUUGGGUUAUUUUCUCACUGGCUGAUGGUUUGAAACAGUGUCCUCUAGUGGACAGAUGAGGACUUUACAAGAAUCAUCAUGGACUACUGGUAUUUGACAAGUGCUGCGUUCCAAAGUACAAGUCAUCUCUUGGUUUACAAAAGAGUCCAGGAAUAAUUUCAACAAUAGCACACGUAUCCACUGUAUGAACCUGUACUUAGUAGACCAGGUCUUCUUUGGGCUCACAUCAGAGCAGGGAGAUAUAUCAAUACUGAUGUUGUGGUAUGAGUCGUAUGGAUUUUGUUUAUUUGCUGCUCCACAUGAAUGAAAGGCUCCAUCACACUCUUUGAAUUAUAUUCAAAUAUUUAAAACUAAUAGUCAUAAUUUAAAAUAUCUACUGUAAAGAAUCGUAGGAUCUAUGUUGACAUGUUUCCCAGCUUUAGAGCCCAGUACAACUUAAAUUAAAGUCACAUUACAUUUCUGCCCAACGAAUAUUGCUCAAUCUCCCAUUCGAUUAAAUUAAUUGAAUUGGACAAAUCAAUUCAAGGACAGCCAGUUGGAAAGUGGAUGAACUGUACCUUGAAAUGGACAAGUCACUAUUCUUUUCCUGUGGCACCACAUUGUUGUGUGCAUCACCAUACUGAUGGACAUCGCCCUCAUAGACGGUUUACAGUUAGGGAUCCACAUUUAUUCAUCACCCAGGUUGGAAUUGUGACACGCCCUUUUUGUUUGAGGCUGUUUUGUUCCACAUGAAGAAUGCUCCUCUGGUUUGCAAGGUCACAGGAAAUAUAAUGUCGACAAGUCACGACACUGCACAUGGAAAUUAUAGGGUAUGCCUAGUGAAUAGUUGAGAGUGUAACACCAAGACGGGUCUCACUAAAAUGAGAUUCGGUUUAGUCCACCAAAAAUGCAGUUGUGUACAUUUUCAUUUAUGAUAACCAUUUAUUAUAAAUGCAUUUAUGGUUAAACAUGCUUAAAUUGUGUCUGUCAAUCUAAGAUGAAUGGCUCUGCAUUGUAAACUACGUCAGGUGAUUUUUAAUAUUUAAUAGACUGUUGCCCUCCUUACCUCCAUUUACAGCUUUGAUUUAAUAAUGAUAUUAUGAUAAAUGCUCAUCUCCUAAAGGAGUGACUGCACAGCACUGUUUGGCUGCUCACUGGUGGAACGUUUCCAGCCUGUUCCACCAUCCGUGAUGGAUGGAAGUGGUCAGAAAUGUGUGCUGUUGCACCUGUAACCACAUCCAGCGGUGAUGUCAUGGGGUGUUUGUGUACACCUGCACAUCACUGCUGCAGGUGAGAAGUCAAACCACUGAAGGUCAGCAAAGGCAACAUUUUCAGGGGGACUUAGGUUGCUCUGUAAUGGGUUCUUAAGCUUUCUGAUGUGUGUUAUUGUUAUUAUUUUGUUCACAUUUUAACACAGUUUAUCUGUUUUCCCUCUCUAAGGCUUGGGGAGAGUAACUUGAUUCAGUGUAACCAAGAUGCAUCCUUUCAUUGUGAUAGUCUAUAUCUAUAAUACUGUUAUACAAUGGAUUUAUGUCACAUUUAUAUUUUGGUAAAAGAAAAGAUUGGGAUAAAUUAUAUUUAACAUUUUAAUUUUUUAAGAACCAAUCCAAUGUUUUACCUCAGUACUCAGAAAGUAAUGUUGUAAUUUUAAAGAUUGGAAAUCAGAUGUUCAUACCAAAUUUAGCUUUGGUCUAAGAUAUAGUCAAAAUACUGUGCGUUAGUUUGCGGUAUUGGCAGCGAUCCCGGAUUGAACUGACGAAGGGAGUUUUCUUACAGGUUUUUAAAUAAGUAUUUUAAAUAUAUGCUCUGGGACAAAAUGCCAUUGUUGACGUAAUGAUGUCAACAUGAUUUUACUUAGAAAUAGCACUCUUUGUUGAUUAAAUGAUAAUUAUAUCUAAGAUGUGCAUGCUUUUAAUACGAGUACUGAUAUAUAUAUAUACAGUCAGAGCCGUGAAACGCUGGCUCACGAGUAGACGUUAUUCCUUAGGACACUCAUCAACCGUCGGAUAAGCAACCGGAACUUUAACCUUUCGUGGUGGGAGUAGUGAUGCUGAUCAUAAGUUGGUGUUUAUGAGUUGACUUUGACUCCAUUUUCAGAGGAUGUAUUAUAUAAAUACAAGAUAACUGCUGUUUUAUGCCACAAGGGGGAGCCUUCAUUUCAGAGAUACAGUAGGGAACACCAAUAACAUUAUACCUCUAUUUUCUACAGUAGCAUUUCAAAAGGUUUUUGAUAUGAUAGAAAACUCAACUAGGAUAUUAUUACAACAUUUAAAUCAGCUGUAAGUUUUAUUUUACUUCAGGAUAUUAACUUCAGAUAAUAAUUGUACAAUAUGGUAUAAGAAUGCAAACAUGGAGACCUUUUCUGUUUCAACUAUGGAUCAUACUCUGUAUUAUCAAUUCAGGUUAAGAAAUUAGUGUUGCUUUCAUCCUAUUUUAGACAUUUCUUCCUUUUAUACUCUGCUACAAUGCAAAAAAAAAUGGGUUGAGUCUAUUAAUUUUGUGUGUUUUUAAUGCACUUUGGCAGCAGAUUCCUGUGUAGCUUCAGAUCUGAGUUGUCUUAUUAGUAAGCCUUAUUUAUACUUUUGUAGCAACACUAUUUUUAUAUAAUGGCAAAGAAAGGGUUCAGUAUCUUUUCUUUUGUUGUUCCUGUGUCAUAUGUGGCAGCGCUGUUCAGUGUUUCUUGAAUACAUUACCCACUGUAGUAUGUGAAGUGUGAAUAAACUCCAACUCUGUGUCAACAA